CGUGAAAAGUUAUCGUCGGGAAUUUUGGCGGCACGAUAAUCCGGUAUCAGCGUGUUAUCCGUGGUCGCUGUGAAACUGAAAAAUUUUGACUCACUAUCUUCUUUUUCUUUUCUCUCUAACACGAUCGAUCACGGUCUGGUCCCCGUGAUGUAGCCUGGACGACCGGCAAGAUCCGGGGGGGGGGGGAUUGAGAAGAACACUUCGCUCCCGUGGGAAGCGGUUACCGAUCGCGCGCCCUCGUCUGGAAAACUGGGUUUUGGAGUAGUUGCAGCACUCCUGCGAAAGUACCUUGCGAGCAUGACCGCGACGUCGGUGACGAGCCUGACGGUGAGCACCCAGGUGUACGAGGGCCAAAAGCCGGGCACCUCGGGCCUACGAAAAGCCGUCAAGGUCUUCCAACAAGAGCACUAUACGGAGAACUUCGUGCAGGCGACACUGCACGCCCUGGGCGAUCAGCUGACCGGCUGCACCCUCGUCGUCGGCGGCGACGGACGAUUUUACGUGAGGGAAGCGGUGAUGAAAAUCAUCCGAAUUGCCGCGGCAAACGGGGUAAGAAAGUUAAUAGUUGGACAAAAUGGCAUUCUCUCGACACCAGCGGUGUCAACUAUAAUAAGAAAGUAUAAAACGCAAGGAGGGAUCGUUUUAACUGCGUCGCACAAUCCUGGUGGUCCUGAUGCCGACUUUGGCAUUAAAUUUAAUUGCGACAAUGGCGGCCCGGCUCCAGACAACGUAACGAAUAAAAUCUAUGAGAUUACUAAAACGCUCCAGAAUUAUAAAAUUAUUCCUGAUAUUAGUAUAGAUAUUGACAAAGUGCAAAGUGUCUCUAUUGAAGUGGAUGGUAGACCAUUUAUCGUCGAUAUAAUUGAUUCUGUGAAGGAUUAUGUGGAACUUAUGAAGGAAAUUUUUGAUUUUGCGAGUAUUAGAAAAUUAUUACAAGGCGGUACAGAUAAGCCAGCAUUUAAAAUUCUCAUCAAUUCAAUGAAUGGAGUUACGGGACCGUAUGUAAAGCAAAUAUUUAGCACUGAAUUAGGCGUCGAUGAAACUAGCUUAGUAAAUAUAAAGCCAUUAGAAGAUUUCGGUGGUUUACACCCCGAUCCAAAUUUAACUUAUGCCAAAGAUUUAGUGAAUGCUAUAAAGGAAGGACCGUACGACUUUGGUGCGGCUUUUGAUGGAGACGGAGACAGAAAUAUGAUUUUGGGCAAGAAAGCCUUCUUCGUUACUCCUUCCGAUUCCUUAGCGGUGUUAGCUGCUAAUCUAAAAUUAAUUCCGUAUUUUCAAAAGACUGGUGUUAAAGGAUAUGCUAGAUCAAUGCCAACGGCUGCGGCUGUCGAUAGAGUCGCUGUUAAAAAUGGGGUAAAAUUCUUCGAAGUUCCUACUGGAUGGAAAUAUUUCGGAAAUCUAAUGGAUGCUGGAAAUUUAUCGUUGUGUGGAGAGGAAAGUUUCGGUACCGGUUCCGAUCAUAUUCGUGAGAAGGAUGGAGUAUGGGCAUGUCUAGCCUGGCUCAAUGUGAUCGCAGGACUAGGAAAAUCUGUGGAAAAUAUUUUAUUGGAUCAUUGGAAAGUUUAUGGAAGAAAUUUCUUUACUAGGUAUGAUUAUGAAAACUGCAAUUCCGCGUGCGCAGAUAAAAUGAUGCAAAGCAUCGAAACCCUAAUUGAAAAGCCAGAUUUUAUCGGCAAACAGUUGCAGUACGAAGGUAAAGAGUAUAUUGUUAAGCAGGUGGAUAAUUACUCCUAUACGGAUUCUGUUGAUGGUAGCAAAGCUACGAAACAGGGAUUACGGAUAUUGUUUGCGGAUGGCUCCCGCAUCGUAUUCCGUUUAUCCGGAACAGGAAGUUCUGGUGCCACUAUCCGUAUGUAUAUCGAUAGUUAUGAGAAUGAUCCAGUUACUUUCGAAAAAGACGCACAACUUGUUUUAAAACCUUUAAUUAAUAUCGCAUUAGAAUUAAGCGAACUUUGUCAGCAUACUGGUCGCAACGCGCCAACUGUAAUUACAUAAGAGUUCGCUCCUUACGUUCUUGCGCUCUUCCGUUGCAGAAAUCUCUUAUAAAAACAAUAACAAUUUAUAAACUCACAAUAUUAAAAUAAUAAAAAUAAAUUAAAAACGGGCAAGUGAGAGUCGUGCACAGUUAUUGAGUAGUGCACAAAUUACCAAAUAUAGAUAAUUAUUAGAAAUUCAUUUAUUCUACUUCAAACGUUUUGGUUUAUCUCCAGGUCAUUAUCAGUGAAUAUUGUCGACAUUUAAACUUUGAAGAAUGUUUCUUAAUUUCAACUGGAUAAUUCGAACACAUCACUGGCAGAUGAGUGUUUUUCUCGCAUUUUAAGUGUAACGCAAGCGAAUUUAUUAUACAAUCAGAAUAGGAAAAUGUGGAUCAAUUAUAUGAUUCGAUACUGUAUAAUUUAAUUAAGAUUGUAACUUGGACUUUCCUAGCAACAACAUUAUAAUUUAACAGUAUUAAAUAUUAAAUCUCAUAGGAUCAUACAUGUGAGAUCACAAUCAAUAGGAAAUAAAUGCCUUUAACAGUCUAGAUUUUAAGUGCUUGUAUAAUUUUGUGUGAAUUUAUAUAUUACGUAUGUAGUCUUUUAAAUUACUUUUGAAAGACAAACUCUAAACUACCGCAGUAAUAUCACGAAUUAAAUUGACUAGCAAUUUAACAAUUCGAUACUCUUACGAAUUUUAGAACAUCGUUAAUAAUGUUGAAUAAUAUAUUAAAAUCUGUAAAUAAUGAAUUCCUAUUACGAAAAAUAUUGCCCCGAUCGGAAAUCAAAUCCAGAUUUCGAUAUAACAUUUCUUGCGAGCGUUCUAAGCCUUUAAAUCACCGAAGCUUUAAUAUAUUAUAAUUUAACGUUUGUUGAAGAUGACUAUCUUAAUUUUAAAUUUUGCAAUAUUGAAUCAUAUAAUUGAUCUACGUUUUCCAACUACGACUGGAUAGUAUGGACAACUGCACAUGACUCUCAUUUGAACUGUCUUAUCUCUCAUUCAACUUUAUCUCUUAUUUAUCCAAAGAAAUUUAUACAGUGAAGGUCCGGUUAAGGUAUACAUUUAUUUGGAUUGUAAAGGUUCGUCCAAUUUCAAUAUUAAAAUCACGAAGCAAUAGCAUAAUAAUUGUUACUGGCAUCAAUGAAGAAAUUUUCCAUUUUUAUAAAAAAGUGUUACCGUUUUACGAUUCCAUCCAUAUGAUGUCCAUACUGUGCAUAUUGGACGAGAACUAUUCAAUAUGCAUAUCCAAGUAGCAAUUGUGAGAAAAGUGUUUUAGGAUCUAUUAGGAUCCUUUGCUAGAUAUUUAAAGUAGAUGUUAUUGCUUGAAUUCUCCUUACAUCCAUUUCAAGUUAAAGAAUACGUAAACUU